CCUCUGACCAGUCGCAUCCCGUCGGUCGUUCCCGCACAGACAGUCGGCGCACCCGACGUCACUCUCACCAACAUGACCACCCUCCAGACCGCCGUCAUCUCCUUCCUUGCGCUCACCUUUUCACCUGUCUUUGUCAUGUCCUCCUCUUCUUCCUCCUUCUCCUCCUCCUCCGUUCUUCCCUCGGUCUCUGGACGUCAGAGCAGCUCCGGCUACGGCUACAGCAGCGAGUACAGCAGCCCCUACGGCGGUGAUCUCUACACAGCAGCCAGCGGCGGAGGCUACGGUCACGACUCCUACUACAAGAAGUGCGACUGUACCAAGUACGACAUUCUCGGGGUGGUAGCGGGCGGCGCGGCACUGGCGGCACUCGGCAUCUACCUGCUGCUGCAGCAGGCGGCGGCAGCGCGCGCGCUGGUCGACUGGACACCGCAGCUGCCGCCACUGCUGACGCAGGCCCUGAAGCUGGCCAUGCCGCAGCAGGAUGUGGCCGGGAAGGCGGUGACGACAACAUGCCGUCUGUCCAGGAUGCUGGAGAACGGCGAACUGACGUGGAGCAGGGCUUACGGCAUCGGAGCUCGAUCUGGGUAUGAGGAGGAGGGUGGCUUCUGCGACUGUUUCCUGGGCCUGGUGGGAGCGCUGGCCGGCUUCACUGCGUUGGCUGUGCUGGCCGCGUUUGCGCUCCAGCAGGCGGCGGCAGCAGCUGCUGCCCGAUCCUUGCCGAAUGACGGCCUCUUUGACGGCACGUUCAACAUGGAGGGACUCCACUUCAUCAGUCGCUACCUGAAGCUGAUGAUGGACAACGAGGAUCCGUGUGUUCCGCUCCGACUCUGCAGAAUCAACGAGGAUGCAGAGGAUCUCUCGCCGCAGAUCUACACAGGGGUCAAACUGGCAGGGCUACCCAUCUCUUGGUUCCUGAGUUUUUCGUCCACUGCUCGGCACAGUUUUAACGACUUGUGCAGCGCCAUCGGUGACGUCCACAGCAGAGGCGGCUGUGACGCCCUGUACCCGGGCUGUAGCUGGAGGGAGAAGACGUUGCAGAUGGGAUCAGCGAUCCAAAGGAGCUGAAGUGUGACCGAUCAGGGUCAGGGUCGACGCCGCGGGGUCGAGACGAUGAGUUUCCCCGGCGGAGUGUCCAUAUCGGAGAAAUCAGCGAUGUUCAGCACAUUACACAUCGUGCUUUUACUCUCGAAAUUACUCAGACAAGAUCGUUGUGUAGAUUGUUUUACCGGUGAUUGGGCUCGAGAGUGAGCUCCAUGGGUGUUGAUGAAUUGCUGAUAUGCUGAGUAAUUGUUCAAGUUUGCAGGUAAUGUGCAUUACAUGGGCAUCAAAUGUGUCUUAUGGAGUAAACGGUAUUUCGCUUUUGCUGCAACGAAAGCAUGACAGUGCAUAUGUACGUUGUUGUUAUUGUUUUGCCUGGAGUAUUUUGUCUGUUAUUAUUUACAUGGUGUUAGUGAAAUGUUUCACUAAACGCACAGAAAUUGUGCAAUCGCUCUAAAGAAGAUAUGAAUACAUGCCUAUAAAAACCA